AUGUUGGCUGCCCACUCCAGAUCCCUCGCUCGCGUCGCCCUGACUCGCGCCACCAUUCGCCCCACCGCUGCCAUCGGCAUCCGUUUCUCAUCCGUCUGGGCCAAUGUUCCCAUGGGCCCUCCCGACGCCAUUCUCGGUGUCACCGAGGCAUUCAAGAAGGAUACCGACCCGCGCAAGAUGAACCUCGGUGUUGGUGCCUACCGUGAUGAUGCAGGAAAGCCCUUUGUCCUGAACUGUGUCCGCAAGGCCGAGAACAAGAUCAUGAAGGAUCUGCUCGACAAGGAGUAUGCCGGCAUCACCGGUGUCCCAGAGUUCAACAAAGGCGCUGCUCUUCUUGCCUAUGGUGCCGACAGUGCUCCUUUGAAGGAGGGUCGCAUCGCUAUCACCCAGACCAUCUCCGGCACUGGUGCUCUCCGUAUUGGAGGUGAAUUCCUUGCCAGAUGGCUUCCUACUACCAAGAAGAUCUUCGUUCCCACCCCCACCUGGGGCAACCACAUCCCAAUCUUCAAGGACUCUGGCCUGGAGGUUAACCACUACAAGUACUUUGACAAGAAGACAAACGGAUUGGACUUCGAAGGCAUGGUCAACGACAUCAAGAACGCUCCUAAGGGCUCCGUCAUUUUGCUUCACGCCUGCGCCCACAAUCCCACUGGUGUUGACCCAACCCAGGCUCAGUGGGACGAACUUUCAAAGGUGGUCAAGGAGGCUGGCCACUUCCCCUUCUUUGAUAUGGCUUAUCAGGGCUUUGCCUCUGGAAGCACUGAUAAGGAUGCCUAUGCUCUCCGCAAGUUUGUCAAGGAUGGCCACCUUGUUGCCCUCUCUCAGUCGUUUGCCAAGAAUAUGGGUCUCUAUGGAGAGCGCACUGGUUCGUUCAGUUUGGUGACAUCCUCGCCCGAGGAGAAGGCCCGUGUCGACUCUCAGAUCAAGAUUGUUGUUCGCCCCAUGUACUCGAACCCCCCUGUGAACGGAGCUCGCAUCGUCUCCGCGGUCUUGGACACGCCCGAGUUGAACGCCGAGUGGUUGAAGGAGGUUAAGCUGAUGGCUGAUCGCAUCAUCACCAUGCGCACUCAGCUCAAGGACCACCUCGUGAACGAGUACAAGUCCAAGCUGAACUGGGAUCACAUCACAAACCAGAUCGGUAUGUUCUGCUACACAGGCUUGACGCCCGAGCAGGUCGAGAAACUGAAGACGGAGCACCAUGUCUACCUGACCAAGGAUGGCCGUAUCUCCGUUGCCGGUAUCUCGAGCAAGAACGUUGGCUACCUCGCCAAGGCCAUCCACGAGGUCACCAAGUAA